ACUUGUGCGGGUUCAGGCGUUCAGGCGCUCGAUGGAUUUGGUGCUACGGUAAAGCAGCUGCUGUUAUACGACGUACUGAUGAUAUGACACUUGAAAACAAGUGAAUUGGCGUGAGUGACAAGGUCGCAGCGUUUGCUUAAUUUGAUAUUUUUCUGUCACUUCCACUAUGAGUUUGUCGCGAAGGGUGAAUUCAGUCAUCGGCAGCACCAGAAAAGUUCGUUAUCGACAGUCCCUGGUCGCGUCGUCGGCAGUGGCAUUCAUAAACACACAAUUGCGCACUUUAGGUUUUCGAGGCUUGCAAGGGGCACAAAUAGCGCGCCUUUCAUGCAACUAUCUGGGAUCUCGUGCUUCAAAACGGCUUUACAGUCAGAUUAAUUCCGAAAUAAAGGCUGUUAGAGGGCUCUUAAAGAGGUCUGGGAUUCUCGCCGGAAACCAGCGCAUAGUUUCAAGUGAUCUAGGCUGCGCAAGAUCUUUGCAUACAAGUUAUGUUCUUAGACAAGAUAAUAAUGGCAAGAAUAACAAAGAUAAGGAAGAUGAAGAGUCCAAGAUUUCUCUGCUUGCCAAGGCAGCCAUUUGGAUGAUGACAGCCUAUAUAGUCAUUACACUAAUGUCCCUUCUGUUCCCGACAAGCAACCAACCGGACGUGCUGCGAUAUGUGUCAUGGAACGAGUUUUAUCACCAAAUGCUGGCAAAAGGAGAGGUUGAAGAAAUCAUUGUGAGACCAGAGCUAGACUUGGUGACCAUCUACUUGCAUGAUAAUGCUAUCAUUAAAGGGAGAAAGGCUGAGCACAAGACUUUUCACAUGAACAUUGUUGACGUGGAACAUUUUGAAGAGAAACUGCGUAUGGCUGAGAAGAGCCUUGGCAUUCAUGCUGAUGCUGGAGUGCCACUGGUGUAUGAACGCAACCAGGAGAGCACAUGGCUCCUGCUAGCCUCCCUCAUUGCAGUGGCCCUGAUGAUCCUACUCAUGUUUCGCAGUGGCACCAUCAAGACACCCCAGGCAAUGGACUUCUUUUCUCAGAUGGGCAGAGCCCGUUUUACAAUUGUUGACCCACUUACUGGAUCUGGCAAAGGUGUGCGUUUCAAGGAUGUCGCAGGACUGCAAGAAGCCAAGCAAGAGAUAAUGGAAUUUGUUGACUAUCUGAAAAGACCAGAACGUUACACUUCUUUAGGUGCCAAGUUACCUAAGGGUGUGUUACUCCUAGGACCACCUGGCUGUGGAAAGACAAUGUUAGCCAAAGCAGUUGCUACAGAGGCCAGUGUACCAUUUUUGGCUAUGGCUGGAUCCGAAUUCAUUGAAAUGAUUGGAGGCCUUGGAGCAGCACGUGUCCGGGACCUUUUCAAGGAAGCAAGGAAGCGAGCACCUUGUAUUAUCUACAUAGAUGAAAUUGACGCUAUUGGCCGAAAACGAAGCAAUGUUGGCACUGAAGGAUCAACUGGGGAAGAAGAACAGACAUUGAAUCAGCUGUUGGUUGAAAUGGAUGGAAUGGCCACGAAGGAAGGUGUUAUUCUGCUUGCAUCAACCAAUCGAUCUGAGGUCUUAGACAAGGCUCUGCUGAGGCCUGGUCGAUUUGAUCGCCACAUCUUGAUUGACUGGCCUAGUCUGGCAGAGCGAAAAGAGAUAUUUGAGCAACACUUGAAAGUAAUUAAUCUGGACAACCCCCCUUCACAUUACUCCCAACGUCUCGCUCAGCUCACUCCAGGGUUCAGUGGCAAGUCUCUUACAUUGCACGUGUGCAAUGAAGCUGCGCUUCAUGCUGCACGCAACAAGGAGAAAGUAGUCUCAUCGGGGAACCUGGAGUAUGCUGUUGAGAGAGUUGUUGGAGGAACGGAGAAAAGGAGUCAGGUUAUGUCUUUGACGGAGAAGGCGGUUGCCUUCCAUGAGUGUGGUCAUGCUCUUGUCGGCUGGUUGAUGGACACACAGCCCCUCAUGAAGGUAUCAAUUGUGCCACGGACAUCAAAUGCUUUGGGAUUUGCACAGUACUUGCCCUCAGACCAGAAGCUUUAUUCAUAUGAGCAGUUGUUCCAGAAGAUGUGCAUGGCACUUGGAGGAAGGGUCGCCGAGUCUUUAACAUUCAACCGUGUAAGCACAGGUAUGGUAUUGCAUGCUUGCUCCCGCCAUUGGUGUUGACUAAAUGGAACUGGGGUUUCUUGAAUAUACUGAGCCUCGUCUUUUUCAGCAGUUAGAAAGGACAGCUGUGCAUUUAGUUUGUACUACUACAGUCGAAUAACAAAGUUGUACUUGCAGCGAAAAACUUUGUUAAAUCGUGAAUUUCGUUAAUUAGAAGUUUUUAAGUUUCAACAGUAAAAAAAAUUU